AUGAACAUGUCUGAACAAAGUAGUCCAGCUUCUGCUUCUACAGCUACUCUAGUGGAGGUGGUUCGGAAAUACAAUACUGAACAACUUAUCGAUUUUUUGCGAGAGAAUGAAGAAGACCUGCAACUAAACGACGUUCAUUUUGAAAUCUUACACAAAGAAGAGAUCACUGGUCGAGAUUUUCUUAAUUCAACCAAGCAAGAUUUUAUAGAUAAUGGCCUGAAAGGUGGGCCCGCGAAAAGACUCGCAGACUUCGCCAAAGAAAUUAAAGGAGAUCAACUUGCUGGUAGACCCGCUAAGAAACAAAAAUUAGGAAAUCCAUUGUUUACAAAUAUAUUAGAAGUGGUCCUUAAUCUUAGGAAAACACUCCCGGAAAGUUUACAAGAUAACAUUGAAAGAAUGUCAGAGGAACAGGAAAUAGAGCAGGAAGAGUUGACUUCAAUUAAUACAAAUCUAAUCCAGCAUGUUGGCAGAAAACCACUUGCAGUAAUUAAGGAACAUGUGCUAUAUGUACGGGAAUCUUACAGGGAUCUAUAUCACAUAGUUACUAAUAAGAAUUGUGACCCCAGGUUCCUCAUAUCUGGCACAUCAGGUGUUGGCAAAUCAUGUUUCUUGAUUUAUUUAUUAAUCCGGCUCUUGUGCAAUGAAACUGAUGCCACAGUCAUCUUUCAGCCAGUUGGUGGCAGUUUAUUAUACUGUUUCAAGGAUUCUAAUCUCUUUGUUGGAGACUUUGAAGAAUUUUCAGAGCAUCUCUAUAACUCCAAAACAUGGUACUUGGUGGAUGGUUCAGUUCCUGAGGAUGUUGUAGCAAGAACAGUUGUUUCUGCAUCAUCAAAAAGUAUCAAAGACAGAAGAUUUCAAGAGUUUAUUAAAAAUCUUGUAAACAAAUUUUGCAUGCCACCAUGGUCAAUAGAAGAAUUGGAAGCCUGCCGAUUAAGUGUCUUUCCAGUGGUACCACUAGAUUUGAUGCUUGACCUCAGUGAUGAAGCAGGUGGUGUACCAAGGUAUGUUCUUCAGAUACCAGCAUCUAUUAUUCGUCAGGAAAAUCCCAAUUUCAAGGAUCAACCAGUUGUUCUCAAUAAUCGGGGUGUGAUUAAGAAAAGGUCUUUAGAACGUGUAGAAGAAGCCCUUUCAGAAAUUAGUGAUUUCAGAAAGCUUAUACAGUGCUUCUCUGAAAAUGCACAAUAUGUUGAAUUUAGCAGUCAUCUUAUUCAUCAGUGGCCAGACACUUUCUACCGAGAACAAUCCCUCUCAUGGGCCUCUGGUCGUAUUUUUGAUAAAAUCCAGAAAAAACUGGAGGAUAGUAGAUGGAGCAAUCUAUUUCUAAAAAUUCAAGAUCCUGAUGACCCUUCCAGCUCUAGGGGGAUUAUGUUUGAGUCACAUGUACUCCACCUCUUCAAGCUUGGUGGUCAAAAGUUUGAAUCAAGGAGACUUGGAGAAAAUGAGCUCACAGGAUAUAAUGAGGAAGACAUAAUUAUCAAACCAACCAUAAGAAAUUUCAGUGCAGUAGAUUUGAUUCUUACACCAAACUAUAUCUUUCAAAUUACUGUGUCUCCAAAACACCCUGUGAAGCAAAGUGAACUGGUCAACAUAGUUCAAAAUAUGCUGGCAUAUAGGAAGAAUCCAAAUGCAAAAAUUCUUUUAUAUUUUAUUGUGCCAGAUGACAUAUAUGAUACCUUCAGAUACCAAAGUUAUGUAACACCCAAGAAAAAAAUUGGAAACGAUCUUGAGGCCUUUCAGGCAGUUAAACAUAAGUCUCCUAUCCUCCAUAAUGUAGAACAAUGGGUUGUAAAAAUUAAAAUGGCACCUGAAAUGACUGUAAC